UGAGGGAGAAAGCACUGCAGCGUCCGAUAGAGCAUAAAGAGGCCUCUAAAGGGGCCCUUCAGUGUCACAGCUCCGCCCCUUCAGUGUUACAUACAGCUAAGUGGGGGCGGAGGGGCGGAUGUCCCGUCAUACACUCAUACACCGAACCUCGCGCUAACCAUUUCGCCCCUGACGCACCAGAAGUAGACUGUCAAUGGCACCGCUGCGCUAUCUUUUUUGUCUUCUUUAUUCUGUCAGCUCUGUUUUCGGAGAACAUCAGCAGGUGAUUUUAGGAGACGCGGCGACAUUUUGCGCGACUGGAAAACGUGCGAAAGGAGAAGAAGCCAAACUGGAUUACCGGGGGGACCACAUCACCCGGCCAGUAGCUGUUCGUCAAGAUGUAUGGGUUCUAUCCGACUAUUACAAAGACAGGGUUAUUAGUCGGAACUCUUGCGUCGUCUUCAACCGCACAUUUUACACUGACACCGGAUCGUAUGAGUUAACCUGCGGCAAGAAUAUUACAUUUAUCCAGCUGGAUGUUGUUUCAGCCUCUGAAGCAUCCGUGACUGAGGGGGAAACGGCCACACUGAAGUGCUAUUACAUAGGUCAAUAUGUGAGGUGGGAAAGAAACGAAAAGCUUGUGUUGGAACUGAAUUGCUCCUCCGGGGAGAUCAGAUAUGGGACUGGCUUUGAGGGAAGAGCGUCUGUGUCAUCUGACUGCAAACAAGGAGAUUUCUCGCUGAUUUUGGAGAAGGCAGAGCUGAAGGAUAGGGGUGACUACUUCUGCUAUGGGCAGAGCAACGGGGAGAAAGAGAGAGGAAAUCCCGCUGCUGUGAGGUUAACUACCAACCCUGAACAGACGAGCCCCAUCCUGAAUACGACACAGAGCUUGACUGAAGAGAAACAAACGGGAACUUGGACCAAUGAGUCUGUGAUCGCUUGGCUUGCAGUUGCUAUCGUGGUUGCUCUUGUGGUUGGUAUUGUGGUUGGUAUUGGGCUUGGCUGGCUCCUGAAGUCCCGCUGCUCCAGUGCCUCACCAGGACCCCGUGCUCGAGGAGAUCUAGAUGUGGCUUUGAGACCCCUGAACAGUCAGUCUACUAGUCCUGCUCAGGCCAAUGGGUGAGACAUCCAAAUGUCUUUAGGCAAUGGACUGUUGGACCAUCCAUCUUCUAAGAUCGAGAGGGCAUCUGGACCAAAAUCUAUUUCUAAACAACUGCAGACUUGAUGGAUACAUGUAGUAAUCCAUAUUAAAAAUAAUAAAGAUUUUUUACAUUGAAAAUGUCUGGAGUCUUUUUAGA